UCAAAUGUGUCAAAAAUGUCAGAUUGCGUGUUUUCUUUCGUCACUUUUAAAAAGAUACUCGUUUGUAGGUUUUUCUUUGCGACAUGGAGAAAAUCGUGCUUGUUACCGGCGGAAGUGGGUUAGUAGGGAGUGCUAUUAAACAAAUCAUCGAGAAAGAGAAUCCAAUCGAUGAGAAAUGGGUGUUUUUAAGUAGUAAAGAUGGAGAUUUAUGCAAUUAUGAGUCGACGAAGAAAAUCUUCGAGAAAUACAACCCAACCCACGUCGUUCAUUUAGCUGCGAUGGUCGGAGGAUUAUUCCACAACAUGUCUCAUAACUUAGAUUUCUUUCGAAAUAAUCUCCAUAUGAAUGAUAACAUUCUCCAAAUUAGUUAUGAAUUUAAAGUGAAAAAGGUUGUUUCUUGUUUAUCAACUUGUAUUUUUCCUGAUAAAACUUCUUAUCCAAUAAAUGAAACAAUGGUUCAUAAUGGACCACCUCACUCUUCAAAUUUUGGAUAUAGUUAUGCCAAAAGGAUGAUUGAUGUUGCAAAUCGAGGUUAUAACCAACAAUAUGGUUGCGUUUUUACUUCUGUGAUUCCUUGUAACGUUUUUGGACCAUUUGAUAAUUUUAAUUUGGAGUCAAGUCAUGUUAUUCCUGGUUUAAUUCGUAAAUUAUACGAUAUCAUUCAAAGAAACGAAGAUAAUUUUGUUGUAAUGGGAACGGGAGCUCCUUUAAGACAAUUUAUUUAUUCCUUGGAUUUAGCGAAAUUAUUUAUUUGGGUUUUGAGGAAUUAUGAGGAAAUUGAACCCAUUAUUUUGUCAGUUGAUGAAUCUUCUGAAGUAUCAAUAAAACAACUUGCUGAGGAAUUGGUGAAAGCUUUCAAUUUUAAAGGAAACAUUGUCUUUGAUACAACAAAGUCAGAUGGACAAUUUAAGAAGACUGCCAGUAAUUUAAAGCUAAGAAGAUAUUUACCCCAUUUUGAGUUCACGCCUUUUGAUAAAGCUGUUAAAGAAACCGUUGAUUGGUAUAAAGAAAAUCGUGAAAACGCAAGGAAUUGAAUAAAUAAAAUUGUUUUAACAACA